ACGGUGAUGAUGUAGUAAUAGUAGUAGUGUUGUUACAACAGCUAGCACACACACUAGACUCACUUGCUUCCCCUUCAACUCUUGCGCGGCGGCGUCGAAACCUCACCCUACUCUCACACACCCCCGGAAAAGCUUCCAAAGCACACCCGUUCUCCCCCAAAACCCGCUCUUGUCACUCGUCUCGACGUAGUAAGAGUAUAGUAAUGCGCGCGCGCGGCUCAAGGCUACGAUUGGGAGGAAGAUGCUUAUAUUUUCCGUCUCGUUACUUGACUCCCGUUAAAAAAACACCGCGUAUUUAACGUGAAAGAAUAAAGAGAUACCAGGCGUGUGUGAGAGAGAUAGUGAGCUUUGUGUAUGGCUAAAAGGUAACCAACGAAAGAUUGCCGGAAAAAAAAAUACAUGAGUUCGAGUGAAAAAGAUCACGAUCUGUUUAUUAGCUGUGGAGAAAACAAUCAAAUAACUCAGACUGUAGUGUUUUUUUGAUUCGUUAUAAAUCAAAUUCGUACACAAUAACAAGUGUACAACCGUAUAUAAUAUAAAUGCCGUGAUAUAUUUUAUAUCAAGUGUCUAGGGCGAGGAUCCUUGUAGUGGUAUUAAGAGUACGCGUAAACGCACAGCGUAAAACAAGAAAGGCAUAAGUGGUAAAUUCUGGUGAGAGUUAUUCCAAGUGUUUAGAAGUUGGUUGAUUUAUUUGACUACUUGCUCGGCAGGCUAUUUUUGUUCUUAAAACGUUUUUGUUGUUCAUCAUUGGUCCUUGGACAUGGAUCACUGCAUCUGAAGCGUCGCUAGUACUCCCCCAACCAAGUUUUUGUGUCUCAAUGCAUUCAAGUGGCAGAUUAUUAUCUUAAAUUAACUAUUAAUCUUCGGGGAAUGGAACAUGUAAGGCGUUAUAUUGACAAAUUAGAACAAUAAAAAAAAUACUGUCUUGAUACGAUCAAGUGGUGGAUUAUUAUCUUAAAUGAACUAUUAAUCUUUGGGGAAUGGAAUGUAUGAGGCGUUAUAUCGACACGACUGGACAAUAAAAAAUAAAAACAAAAAAUUCGAAGAUAAGGCAAAACUGAGAGGAUAAAUUUUAGAAAGAGAGAAGAGGAAUUGAAAGAGAAGAAGAGAUGUAUCAUUACGUUAAGAAGAACACGUUGUGCCUCGGCAUAGUUUUUCUGUUAAGCAUUGGAAUCAGUCAUCAACAGGAGGAGGACAUUCCACACAAUGAGGUGAGAAACUGGGCACUUAAGUUUGGUGUCGAUCUGUGGGAGUUUGGACGCCAAGCAACUAAACUCAGUGAAAUACAGAGGAAUUAUCACAGUAUGGAAGCUUCUGUUAUUAAAAAGGAUGGUCUCGUUUUGGUACGUGAAAUGGCUGCAGAGGUGAAAAAUAUGAUGGAUUUCAAAAUGAAUGCAGUUAUGAGGCUGGUAGAAAGUGCAGAACAAGCCGCAGUGUCAUCACCGCGAGAUCCACCAACGUCUCCACGCUAUUACAGUUCCCAUGAAAUCAAUAGAUUCACUGACGAUGGUAAAGUGGUAGCGGGUUCACGAGAGUUAUUACUUACGAUGAAUCGUCAUUUUGACAAUUUACCAGUCAAUUUGAGUUUAUCAGCAGUACUUUUGCCUAAUGGAAUAGACGAUUCUAGUCCCGAAGUAGCUAUCGGACUUCAAUGGAGUGAUCAUCUAGAUCCUCUGUUCGUAAAUAAUUAUGAGAGUGAUCCUACUCUAUCUUGGCAAUAUUUUGGAGCAACCGCAGGUUUUCUUAGGCGAUUUCCAGCCAUGUCAUGGCCACCUAGAGGAAGAUCAUCAAGACCAGAAGGUGGGCCAGGAGUUUAUGAUUUUCGGACGUUAGAUUGGUUUGUUGGUGGAGCAACGAGUCCCAAGGAUCUUACAAUUCUCGUCGAUAGUACAAGUUUUUCAUCAAAAAAGCUUCGUAGACUGGCAAUAGCUACUUCAAAGGCUAUCUUAGACACUUUAUCACCAAAUGACUUCGUUAAUGUUUAUAGUUACGCUGAAAGCGCAGAAGAAACUGUUCAAUGCUUUAAGGAUAGCCUUGUCCAAGCAUCUCCGGAAAAUGUCAGAGAACUAAAAAAUUCGUUGUACUCAAUUCAGUCUGAAUCAACAGCAAAUGUAUCGGCUGCUUUAGCCACCGGGUUUGAGAUUCUUUCUAAGUACAAUAGAAGCAGUCAAGGUGGUCAAUGUAAUCAAGCUAUAAUGUUGGUCACUUCUAAUACUGAAGCAGCAUCUGCUGAACUUAUAAAAAAAUACAAUUGGCCUCAUAUGCCUGUGAGACUAUUCACGUAUCUUAUUGGAGGAGAUAAAAGCUUUGAACUUCAAGAAAUGGCUUGCCUAAAUAAAGGGUUCUACGCUAGAAUAGUAUCAAUGGAAGAUGUUAGAAAUAAAGUAUUUGAGUACGUAAAAGUACUUGCAAGGCCUAUGGUUUUAUACCAACAUGAUCACCCCAUUCACUGGACCCCUGCUUAUGUUGGUGGCGAGAGUGGAAGAUUUGGCGAGGAACGACAUGGUCAAUUAAUGACGUCUGUUACAGCACCAAUUCUAGAUCGUCGCAAUCAUACAGUAAAAACCGCCAAUUUGUUGGGUAUUGUAGGGACGGAUGUUCCUAUAGAGGAAGUACAAAAGCUUGUACCACCUUAUAAGCUCGGUGUAAACGGCUACUCUUUCAUUGUCGACAAUAAUGGUCGUGUUUUAUAUCACCCAGAUUUACGUCCAUUGCCUACUAGUCCAAAUUAUGAAAAUACACUUCAUCCUCGAUAUACGAGCGUUGACUUAUCAGAAGUCGAACUUGCGGAGUUUGAUGGGCCUAGUUAUUUAUUUAGUAACAAUUCUCUGCUUCUAGAUCUGAGGCGUGAUAUGAUUGAUCAAAAAGAGGGAGAAACAAACUUCCCGGUGAAAAUUCAUUAUGAUAAUAUGAAACGUGUAACAAUUCGUCGACAUAAUUAUUUUUAUGAGCCAAUUAGUGGGACUCCGUUUUCUCUGGGGUUGGCACUUCCUGAGGGCUAUGGAAUGCUCGAAGUGCAUGCCGAACUGGAGAUCAAACACGCUAUUAUUAACGUGUUUGACUACUUGAAUGGAAGUAACUGGAAAGUACAUCCGGAUUGGGUGUACUGUGAAUACAGUUCGGCAUCGGAUAAGCAAUUUUCCACCCCUGAGGAGCGUAUUUUGCACUUCCUCGGUCGAACUCGCAUGCCCGGUUGGAAGUGGAUGUCUAUGAGACCUAAGAGUCCCAGCUCGCAUCAUAACCAAGCGAGCAAGCCUGAUAAAGAUGCACAUUACUGUGAUAAAAGAUUAGUACAAUCGCUGGUCAUGGAUUCUGUAGUAACUGGUGGGUUCAAUAAAAGAGACAGUACCUUAAUGCACAAGGAAGAAAAUUCGAACCCCAUUGCCAUACUGAUGGCUCUUCUGCACAGCCAAGGAAAAGGCCGAUUCGAUGUUGUCCGAAGUUUCAUCGCAACGAGGAGUGGUCUGUUUCGAUGGCACGACCAUCAAGACAAUAAGGAGGCCGAAGAUGAACCGCAUUUUGCUGACAUGAACAAAAGAGCUAUGGACACGUCGUGGUACAAAAGAGCAGCAGAACAACACGCAGUGGAACCUGAAAGUUUCGUAUUUAGCGUGCCCUUCAACGCAGCUGAGCUUACGGAACCUCUAGUGACCGCAACGCACGCUGUCUUCGUCGAGGGUAAGAAUCAACACAAGGCACCAGCAGCAGUGGUGGGAUUACAACUUCAACAUUCAUCCUUAGCUUCCCAUUUCAUGAAUAUAACAUCCACUUGCGCAUCAUGUAAGAAAAAUUGCGCUUCAGAAGAAUUGGAUUGUUACAUCCUUGACAAUAGUGGAUUUAUUAUUAUAAGUGAGCGUCAUGAACAUACUGGAAAGUUUUUCGGAGAAAUCGAUGGUACUAUUAUGGAUUCUUUGGUUCAAGAUAGAAUUUACAGAAAAGUGACAGUAAUCGAUUAUCAAGGUGUUUGCCCGCCUCAGGAAUCAUACUUAUCAGCAGCACCAAGUACAAUUUCAGGAUCAAUUGUCAAGACAAUUGUGUCGAUGAUUGGUCUCAUCUGGUCGUCCAUACUCAAAUUGAAUCUCUAUGAAGCAAUUAGUCCUGCGUUUGCAUGGCCAAAUGACGCUCAAGCUGACGAUGCUGACAUCAAAAUUGACGAUGAACCAAGUCCCCAUGAUUCAUUCACUCAAAAUUUAUCAGAAGAUCCAACGACUGGAAAAGAUAAGAUUCCUCCAUUUCCGGUUAUAGCAUCUCCACCAACAGUUCCGCCUGCUACUCACGCUACAUCAGCUCAAUAUAUGCUUAGCAAAUUGCGCACUUGUGAGAAGAAAACAGAUCUAUAUAUUUUGCAACCGGAAAGACUUAAUACAAGUGGUCAAAGCAAUCCUCUGAAGGGUAAACUAACGAACUGCCAUGUUACUGGAUGUGAAAGACCCUUCAGCGUUCAAAAAAUUCUCCACACGAAUCUCAUUCUUUUGGUGGUUGAUACGCUGUGUCCCUGUGGGAGUAAGCAGCUUAGUAUCGAACCUGUCGAAGCUAUAACAGAGCCAGGAGCAUGUACGGCUCGAAGAGAACGUCUUUAUCGUAAACGACCGCCCAAGUGUAUCAAUUAUCAUCCUGAGGAAAUGGAAAUCAAAUACUGUGGUGCUGCACAUCGAUUAUAUGUGUCGUACGGUCUCAUUGUCGCCUUGUUGUCGACAUUCUUCACGUGACUUAGCCAUUGAUAAUCGCGAUCCAACGAGUAAAUCUAUUUAUUUAUUGAAUAUUUACUUUAUGCAGCAAUUUAUGGAUAGAAAUCAGAGCAAUAGCAAAAUGAGGGUAAAAUGAAGAAAUGAGCGAUAAAGAAAAAUAAAAAUACAAAAAAAAAAGAUAAUAAAUUUAUUUCUUCGAUUGUCCAUGAUAAACGGCUGUUGAAUAUUAUAAAACAAAAUACAAUGUAAAAGACUAAAAAAUACUUAUCUCACGAUUUUAUCACUUAUUUUCAUCUACUGAAGAUAUUUAUCUGACAGAAGAAGAAAAUAGUCGGAAAAUACGUACGAGAAAUAAAAGAAAAAAUGUAAGAUGUCGGGAUUGAUUCGCCGUCCGAGAGUGAGCGACGCAUUUCCCUAUUGAUCCGUAUGA